AUGGCUGGCGUGGUCCGCGGCUACACUCGCCGCAGUCACAUCAAGUCUCGCAAGGGCUGCGAGACUUGCAAACGACGGCACAUUCGCUGCGACGAAGACUACCCCCAAUGCCGCAACUGCACAAAACACAAGGUCCGCUGCCCGUACAAUGAAGCCCAGACAACCCAGACCACCUGCACGGCAAAGAUCACCGAGGUCCAAGCGCCAGAGCAGCCCGCGAUGCCCGAGAGUCCUGACUUCAUGUGGACGCCGCAGGUGGAAGCCGCCAUCAUGAGGUGGCAGACGACGGGCGAGUUCCCCUUCCCGUCGCUCGCCAUCGAGCCGCCUCCCCUGCCGCACAUGUACUCUGUCCAAGAACUGCGUCUCAUCUACCACUUUACCGAUCUCUACUUCCAGCUAUCCGCCGUUGACGCCGUCCAUUUUACCUUGUGGACGCGGUACGUUCCCACCCUCGUUGCCCUCGGGAGCCAGUACUCCUUCGUAAUGGACGCGGUGCUGGCCUUUUCUGCCACGCACAUUGCCUUUCUCACCGGCUGUCCGCUCGUCGCCGGCAUAGCCUGCGAGCAUCGCUGCAAGGCUCUCCGCAGUCUUCAUGUCGCCAUCGGGGCCUUUCGACGCGAGACGUCGGAUGGCAUCCUGGGGGCUUCCUUGCUUCUUUCCUGGCAGACGACGGACUGGUCGAACCUGACGCUGCUGCAACAGGGAAUCUCGACGGUCGUCCAAGCCAUGGAAUCCUGGAAGCACGAAUCCCAAUUCGCCGACUUCUUCACCCACCACAGCGACACCAUCUACGCCGCCUCUAAAACCACCACCUCCUCCUCCCACACCAGCCGAAAGUCCAAAAAGCUGCGGCGGGAAGGCAUCCAAGCCCUCGAGCACAUGUUCACCAUGGUGCGCAAAAUCGAAGCUCACCUCAAGUACCACGACGGAGACACCACCCAGGUCCGCUGCCUCAUCGGCUUCCUCCGCAUCUUCCGCACCAUCAGCCCCAGCCUCCCCGUCAGCCAAAAGUACGAACGCCUCCAGCCCUUCAUCACCUGGCUGUUCUGGAUGCCCUCGGGCUACCUGCAGUCUCACCGCGGGUCGCCCGCCUCCCUCGUCGUCAUUACCUACCUGUAUAUCAUCGUCCUCCUCAUGGAGCGGCUGUUCCCCGAGGUGAGCUCCGGCUACUUUGGCAGCCUGUGCGCCCUGCCCAUCGAGGAACUUGCCAACCGCCUGACGUCGCUGAGCGCCAUAUGCGCCUCCUCGGGCGCCGACGCCCACUGGAAGGCGUGCGGCACCCUCAUCGAGCUCACCCUCAAUACCAUAGACGAGACCAAUGGUGGGGGAACCUGGGAGCGCGCCGCCAAGAACGCGUCGCUGCUGCUGCCGCCGCCGCACCAGGCCCCUGGGCUGCCGGCCCAUAACGAAUAUCGCCCGUCGCCCGUGCUGUCGGGCACCUCGUCACCGCCCUACAGCGUGCCCGGCGGCGGCGGCGGCGAUGACGGCUGCGGAAACCACUAUGUAGGCGCCCCGACCUCGUACCCCGAGGCGUACAGCCCUGCUUGGUCGGCCUUUACGAGCUCCGAGUCGUACAAGGACCCGGAGGAAGGUGGACUGCGCGACGUGGGAGACGCCUCGCCUUACUACAAGAUGGAGUAG